UCUCUUAUCCCAUCCUUAAACAAUCAAUUAAUUGAUCGAGAGUUUAAAAAAUACAUCAGUUUAGUUUUGUCAAAAAUAAAUAAAUAAAAAAAAUACACCAUUUUAGUUUUAAAAUAAUAUUAUUAAUUUAUAAAAUAUUGCAUCAAUAUUUCUGCCAAUGCCAAUGCUAAUCCGAAUGGAAUUUUUACACUUGGCAAUGUUUUUUAUACAAAAUAUUUACAAAAAUACCAUUGGUUUUUUAAUUUACGUUUUUACCAUAAUACUGAAUUCUAUAUAUAAUAUAAUGCAAUCACGUCUAACCCUAAGAAUUACACGUCUAAGCCUAAGUCACUCACGUUCUAGCGCAUGUUCUAUGAUCACGUUGCCCCAUAUUUAUUCUUACAAGGGUUACGUCCAUUAUAUGAGUCUUCAUCAUUUUGCUAUCAACCUCUCCAUUAACCUAGAUACAUUUUUUAUUUCGAGAAGUGGUAUUGUCUUUGUAGCUUAAAAUUAGGAAGUGGGGUAGUUGUCUACUCUUUAGGUUCCCUUCUUUAAAAUCUGAAAUGGCCAUAACCCAAUCCUCGUUAACUCUUUCUCCUUUGUUGAAAUCUGCUUCUGAAAAGAAAAAAAAGAAAAAAGAAAAAAGGAAAGAUAUGUUUGAGUCGUCUCAAAGUGUUUCGGAGGAAGAUGAUAUUAAGGUUGAAGAUUCUAGUAAGAGGAAGUUUGUGAAGAGGAAAUUGAAGGAUAAGUUGUCCGUUCAAGGUCACGAAGUGAAGAAGUUGAAGAAAUGUGUAAAUGAGGUCGAUUAUGACAGUGAAGAACUAGAGGUUGAAGUUCAUAAGAAAAUAAAGGAAUGAGAAUUUUAUUUCAAACUUGAAGACAGGCUGUUGGGUAAGCUAACUUUUUUCCCAAUAGAGUUGGGAUGUAUUUCCUCUAUAAAGUCUAAGUUGAGUAGUGAACAACUUAGACUUUUUAGUGGUACCCGUUUUGGUCACUUUUUAGAAAUGAAGCCAAUUGCAAUGCAAGCUCAGUUGAUUUAUGGUGCUUUAUAUAGGGAAAUUCAUCAAAAAAAAAAAAAAGAGCGUGAGAUGAGGUUUAAAUUUAUUUGUGAUAAGGUUAGAUUUAGUAUGGGAGAAUUUGCUGUUAUUAUUGGUUUAAGAUGUAAAAGGGAUAACAAUGUGAAUAAGUUUGCAAAGAAGGAGAAUGCAUUUAUGGAAAAAUAUUUUAGUGACCAAACAAUUACUCAUAUUGCCGUGGAAGAGAGAUUCUUUCACAAUGAUUUUAAAACUGAUGAUUUUGCUGUUAAAAUGGUUGUUUUGUACUUUGCUAUAAAAUGUUUGCUUAGUAGGCUUCCUAGCAAAAAAGUGAGUGAUGGGUUAAUUAACAUGGUUGGUCUGGGUGAGUUUGAGUGUUUUCCUUGGGAUAAGUUAGUUUAUGAUCUUACUAUCUGUAAUUUGAGGACUGCUCUGAGGGAGAAAUAUAAGAAAAGAAAAUCUAUUGAUCCUGGUGGUAAGGGAAAGGGUAAAGAUAAGGAAAAAGAGAAAGGGAAGGGUACUAGAGCUUAUAAAUUGCGGGGUUUUGCCUUAGCAUUUCAGGCUUGGUUGUAUGAAAUGCUUGUUGUUUUAAAGAAGGUAGUUUACUGUAGGUAUGAUUCUGAAUCAGUUUAAAGAA